UUUUGCAAGCAACCUGCAAAUAUCUAUUGAACUCUGAGCCCUUGAUGAUGGCCACAACAUCUCGUUUCACAGUUUCUCCGGUCGGUGCUAGUCAACAGGUCAGCAGGCAGAGCUAUUCUGAAGAUGACCGACAAUGUUACCUGAUGCAGAUCACCCUUCAUCCCGUCUAUACAGGCAAUCCGAACGAGCCCCUGCCUCAAAUCUGCUACAAACGCCUUCCACGGCUCAUUAACGGAAUCCCUUUAGGGGCUGGUGUUAUCAAGAACAAUGAAAUGGAUCAUAUCCGCUGGCGUUACAUUGAAGGGUUAAGUGGGGGAGGGCAUGGCACCCAGACUUUCAUUUCGGAACCCAUGUACCGCGAUGAAGCUGAAGAUGCUAAAAGAAGCUUUAAAGACCGUCUUCUUAAACAAUCUCGUUCUGUUUUUGGUGAUGUUACUGUGAAAGUGUCUGUCAUUCUAUCCCAGUGUGUUCACUACGAUGAGGAAUUUUAUAUCAACGAUGUUGCUGAUACCAUUAGUGAUGGCUUGCACUUCAGAGAUUGAUUUUUCACUAACAUUUUACGACUGGAAAACGAAAUCCAGCGAUUAUCUUCCUUCGUAUUUCUUUUCCAUUCCUCAUCUUCCCCCACCCCCAUUUUAUUGCAGGUUUUGAAUUGGUUUCUUUAAAUUGAGGGUUACUUUAUUUUAUUUUGGUUAUUGAAUUAUCAUUAUGUUUGUUGUUGUUGUUGUUGUUAUAACCAUGAAACGAAUGAUUUUAAUAUACUAAAAUACUCAGAGAAAUUGUUGCCAUUGAGUUAUCUCCCUUCUAAACAAAUACUUGGAGUACCGCUAUUUAGCACACACAAGCACACCACUGAGGUUUACAAAUCAGAUGGCAUUCACAUGCAAAACAAUAAUUAAGUUUAAUGUUAAUUAAAAAAUAGUAAACCAUAGAAAAUUUAGCUGUAGGAAUCAUUAAAAAAUCUUAAUAAAAAUAUUAAGAUGUUUAUUAGCCAUUAAGUGAAUUUUGUCUUUUCUGCACAUCAUAAUUAUUCCUAAUUAGACCAUUCAAUGCUCACUGCAUUAUUUAUGUUCACACUAACAAACCUUUUUUUUUUUUUUUUCCUUUUGUGGAUGGCGUCUCCAGGUAAUGAAGCUCAAUGAUGUAUUUAAUUAAAUAUGCUAAUUUUCACACCAACUAGUGAACAACAUUGUAGAUGUGGAUGUCCCUUUAUUACUUGAGCAAGUCUGGUAAAGGCUGUUGAAUAACCAGACAAAAAUAUUGGGCAUUGAUUAAUGUUUUUUUUUCUCUACAUAAUUGUUUUCAAUUAGUUUUAAUGCUCUCGACAUUAAAUAUACUAACACUAAGUUAGGUCUUUAUUAAUACCUGUUAUUCCCCUGGGGUUAAUAAAAUACACACUUUCAAGACUUUUGUCCACUUCUGUAUCGGCUUCUAACCCAGAUUGUCAUUUGAGAAGUUAAUAUUUACUGGAACAUAUUAUGACAGCAUCAAUGGCUUCAAAGAAUGGUCACUAUUCUUGUAAUGUCUUAGAUUUAAUUUUGGUUCUCUAAGGUGGCGAAUUGGAAGCAGAGUUAUUAGGGUGCUAGAUAAAAUACCUCAUAGUAUUGUAAUGAGAUUUUAGAGGUGGUUAGACCAGUGGUUCUCAACCAGGGUCCGUAUGACCCAUUGGGGUGGCGGGGGACAUGUAAGACUUUGUUGUUAAAAUUUAUCUGCAAUAAAUUGCUGAUAUUUCUUUGAUGCACCAAAUAUUUUCAUAAUUUUUUUUAAUACAAUUCCUAAUAAUAUUGAAUAAUAAAAAUAUCAGAUUUUUUAAAAUAUCGAAUGCCUGCAAGGGUCCACCUGUCUAAGAUUGGAAUCAAAAAGGUCCAUAGAUUAAAAAAAUGGUUGAGAAGCCCUGGGUUAGAUAAGUGAUGGGCUUUUUGUUAUUUGGUGGGGGUUGGUUUGGGCUGUGUGUUGUUUCUCCAUGUACAACUAAGUCCAUCUUGGAUUUUUGAUGAGAUUAUUUCCAACAUUUGUUCAGUGGAGGUCGUGUCAGUGGUAAGAAACUUUCAAGAGAUCUCUAAGUUUCUAUUGUUACUGGAAUGGUCCUUCCAAGUCUGCUGUUGUUGCUGCUCAUAUGUUGUUCAUUGUAGUUAAAAUGUGUUGUUGACCUGUGUAAAUAUUCUUCUCAAAGAACCCUGCUGAAGGUGGGUAUGGAUUAUACAUGCAAGGAGAGUUAAAAGGAAAAAUAAAAUCUAUUACAGUUCCUGAAGAAUUUGGUAAGACUGCUAAAUCGCAUACCCUAUUCAGUGAAUAUGUGACAAACCUUUAAGGCUUCUGUCAUAUUUUUGUUAUCUGUGAUACGUUGUUUUGUUUCAUGUCAAUUUUUAAAAAUUUAAAUUUAAAAUUUUAAAAAAUUAAAUAAAGUCAUUUUAACUAAAAUAA